CAUUACAUGAUGAUCAUGAACAGGAAGAGGUGUCACAUGCUGAUUGCCAUGGCCUGGGGAAUUGGUUUUUGGCAUUCUAUUGCUUUGUUGCUCAUAGUCCUCAAUUUGCCUUUCUGUGGUCCUAAUGUGAUUGACCACUACAUGUGUGAUGUGAAACCACUUUUGAAACUGGUUUGCAAAGAUAUCCAUGUUGUUAGUAUCUUAGUGAUUGCUAAUUCUGGGACAGUAGUAGUUGCCAUAUUCACUGUACUCUUAGCUUCUUAUGUCCUCAUUUUAUAUAACCUCAGGACAAGAUCCUCUGCAGGACGUCGCAAAGCUCUCUCCACCUGUACCUCUCACAUAAUGGUUGUGGUUCUAUUUUUUGUGCCCUGUAUUUACAUCUAUAUCCUACCUGCAGGAGGUAAAAAUAAGGAUAAGGAAAUCUCUGUGUUUUACACUGUGAUUGGCCCCAUGCUAAAUCCUCUUAUCUAUACUCUGAGAAAUAAGGAGAUGAAAAUUGCGAUGGGGAAGGUCUGGUGGCGGAUGUCAAAUUCAAGAUGA